GGCACUGUACCGUACUUCGGUAGGACUAACAAAGGGCCGAAUUGUGGUGGCCAGUUCUAUUCGUAGCGUGGUAGCGAGCGAGAACAAACCCCGGGACAGCUACAACACGGCGACGAUGAGACCCUUUUUUCUGUUGCUUCUCCUUGCGGGUGCUCUCGUUGCGGAUGCCUUUGCCUUUCCCAUCGCAAGCCCCACCGGGGCCGGGAUCGCUCGGCCCGGAUCCCCCCUCUGGGUCCACACCCCCGUUGCCGGGKCAGACGCGGGUUCUUCCGCCAAGRAAGGCGGGGUCYYGAGAAAGAAAACCGCGGUGGUUGUCGGCGCCGGUCCGGCCGGCCUCGCGGCUGCUCUGGUUCUGUCGAGGGUCGAGAAAGAGGGGAGCAGCGGCUUUUUCGAUCGCGUCGUCGUGUUGGAGGACGCACCGAAGGAAUCCUACGAUCCCUCCAGGGCCUAUUUCUACAACAUCAACAAGCGGGGGCAGCGGUUCACCGACGCCUUUGGCAUCGACCUGACCCGGCGCGGACUCGAGGUCACGGAAUUCGCCAAGCGGGUGGUUCCGGCCGAUCCGGCCGAGGUCUUUGACGAGGAAAAGAUCGUUCGGCAGAAGCUCUCGGAGGAAGAACGCAAGCGGGUGGGAACGAUGUACUGGAUUCCCCGGCACGAACUGGUGGAGGAGAUCGUGGACUCGAUCGACGAAACCAACGAAAGGAACGACGGUACGCACGCAAACAUCGAGCUGGUGCGAGGGRUCCGCUGCACGCACGUAGAACCCACGGACGAGGGACUGGUGAGGAUCGUGACCGAGGGCAAGGGCAAGGACGAAACGGAAGACCACCUUGUUGCCGACCUGUGCGUCGGAGCCGACGGGAUUUCUUCCAUCGUGCGCCAGUCGCUCGAGGACGGGCGCUUCGAUCCAGCGGAGUGGUCCAACGCAAAGAAUCCCUCCAAGAAGUUUGGACUGAAAAAGUUCACGACUCCCUCGACCGGGCUGCGGAUCAAGGGCCUGUGCAUSCAACCGAAUUUCGCCAUUCCAAAGGGAGGGCCGGGUYCGGACGCCCACGAGAAACACGAGCUCGAAAACCGCUACAACUAUUCCCUGGAGUCGGCCACAAAAGGCGACACCGAUGCGCUGARCCUGAUCUUUCUUCCGCAAAAGGAUCCGGACGCCGGGGCGGGACGGUCCGUCAACAUCUGCACCAUGCCCGGCCACGAYCUGUGGGACACGAACAAGGUGAGGACCGACGACGGCGGUCGCUCGGCGAAGGCCUAUUUCGAAAAGGCCUUUCCGAGGUUCGAUUGGGACGAGAUCGUCUCGGAGGACGAAUGGGGAUUGUUCGCURCCACGGAGGGGUCCAGGUUUCCCCAGUGCCAAUACUCGCCCUCCCUGUACGUUUCGUCGAAACCACUCCAGAACGGUGGAGCCGCCGACGGGGCGGGGGUCGUCCUGGUCGGCGAUGCCCUCCACGCCUUUCCUCCCGACCUGGGGCAGGGGGUCAACGCGGCCUUUUGCGACGCCAUGGUGCUGGGGGAAUCCUUUGGGGACGCCGUUUCCGGYGCCCUUUCCCCGGGGGACGAACGACCGGGCUCCUUUGUCGCCGGGGYCCUGGGGUCGUACCAGGCRAGGAACGGGCCCGAAACCCGUGCCCUCAUCGAGCUGGCGAGGUGCGGGGCGCCCUACCAGUACAACCAGCCGUCGAGGAGGAUGAAACUGGGCAAAAAGCUGUGGAUGGCAAACGUCCUCCUGCGGUUGUUCCUGAACAAGGCAACGAUCGGGUUGUCGCCAAAGCCGGCGAUUCUCAUGAUGAUGGUGCGUUGUCUCGUGUUUUGUUUUGUUUUGUUUUGCAUUGUUUUGUUUUGCAUUGUUUUGUUUUGCAUUGUUUUGUUUUGCAUUGAGUGUCUGUGGUGCUGCAAUCCCCGUGACCGCGCAAGACCGUUGGACACGACUCGUUCCGCUCACACCACCGCUGCUCCUGCUGUUGUUGCGAUUGCGAUUGCGUUUGCGUUUGCGAUGACUGGUCUCGCUUUCGGCGGACGCGGUUCGUGCAGGACUCACGUUCGAGCUUCCGCAAGAUAAUGAGAAAAGCCAAUGCCCUCACCACGGUGUUGUGGUCCUCRCUUCUGUUCGGUGUGGCCUCGCUGGUCCGAUCGAGGAUCGGCGUCUAGCCAGCGCCGACCGCAAAGGAACGCGGCACGAACCGAAUGGAAUCGAACCGAUCCGAUCCGAUCCGAGUACCGCAACGAUGUGGCAGGCAAAUCCAAACC